AAAGAUGUUGUCACAUAUCGAACACAACCAGUUUAUGCGGAAGACAUCAUAUUCAGUGUGUGUGCCUAUGUUGUUUGGUACUCAUUUCGUUUAUUGGAAUUGAUCAGAGUUCGAUGAUUGUCCUGCUUAUGAGAGCACAACCAACCAGCACAAAUACUAGAACGUAUUAGCGUGUAGUUUUUCUUCGUCUCAAUUUUAGAUCGAUUGACAAAUUAGAGCGACACGACAGAAAGAGAACGAUCUAUCUGAACUGUGAAUAUUCAAUCCCGUGAUUUUUUUUUUCUUUGUCAACGUUUUUUAUCAACGUGAAGCACACUGUUUAACCAUACCGUCACAUAAAAUAGCUCAACAUCCAAUAUGAUCAAUUUACACAUCCUUUCAUUGUUGGCCAUUUUGAUAUUUUCAACAUUUUGUUGUGCCGAUAACAUUCCAACAAAUGUCACAGAUAAUCUAAAAAUUGAACCAGAAGAUCUUAAACAAGAUUUGAACGAUACAUUCAUUGUUAGUGCAAUUACAAAUGGAGGCGGCGGGGGAGCAAGCGAUCGUAAUCCAAUAAGUGAUUGGAUUGUUGGUAUCAUCGGCGGAAGACCAACGGAAAAACCAAUACAACUAGAUCCACCCCAAAAUUGUGAACCGUGCAGUUGCGGUAUUGCAAAUAAACAAAAACGUAUCGUUGGCGGUCAUGAAACGGAAGUCAAUCAGUAUCCAUGGAUGGCAUUGCUUACAUACAGCAAUCGCUUUUAUUGUGGAGCAACAUUAAUAAAUGAUCGUUAUGUGAUGACUGCUGCACAUUGUGUUAGUGGAUUCAACAAAGAUCGAAUCGGAGUCACUUUACUCGAACACGAUCGAUCCAAACCAGGCGAGACUACAUUAAUCAAACGAAAGGUUUUGCGCAUUAUUAAGCAUGCUGGUUACAGUCCAACGAACUUCAACAACGACAUUGCUCUUUUGCGAUUGGACAAUGAGGUGAAAUUUACAAAUAUCUUGAAGCCUGUAUGUAUGCCAACGCGCGGAAAGAGUUUCUCUCAUCUCGAUGGAAUAGCAACUGGAUGGGGAGCUACAAAAGAACAAGGAGACAUUUCGCCAAAUUUGCAAGAAGUAACGGUACCAAUUCUAUCAAACACUGAAUGUCGCAAAACUGGAUAUGGUGCAUCACGAAUCACCGAUAAUAUGCUUUGUGCUGGCUUUAAAGAUGGUGCAAAAGACUCGUGCCAAGGCGACAGUGGUGGACCACUUCAUAUUGUAAACGAAACACUUUACCAAGUGGUUGGUAUUGUGAGCUGGGGCGAAGGUUGUGCUCAACCAGACUAUCCAGGCGUUUAUACACGAGUCAACCGUUAUCGAACAUGGAUUAAGAGCAAUACAAGAGAUGCUUGCUACUGUGACGACUAGUGAUGUGCAAUAUUAGUGAUAUGCGAAGCAAUAACAUUUUAAAAAAAACUAAACAAAAACGAAACACACAAUUCCGUUGAUUCGACUAAGAUUCAACAACAAUUUUUUCUUCCUUUUUUCAAACAAAAUCGAAUGCGAUAUGAAUAAGCAGCAUUCA